AUGUCGAGGAGAGUGUCGGUGACGGAUCGUGCCGAACGUAACAGCUCUUCUCGGAAGAGACUGGAAUGGAGCGCGGGCCGUGAAGACGUCCGUGGGCCGGAGCCUCCAGCUGCAGCUCCAGCUGUGAAGCCCGGAAGCGUCCUUGGCGCGUCGCGGCGUCCUUGCCGCCGUCACGACCUGCACCGCCGCACGCUUGUAUCGCGCCAGCUGCCGCCGCCGCCGCCGCCGCAGGGCGCCAGCACACGUCGGCGUCUGCCGCGCUUGCCUAUAUUUGGCGGCGGCCAGCCGGUUCCGCCGGACCACUCGGCGGACCAUUACUCGCCGCCCCCUCUGGCCUCCGCGCUUAUUGUCCGGCGCGACGGCGGGGCCGGCACUGACAAAGGCCGGCUACACGAAUCCCGUGUUCCACAAAAAACCAGACCACCCGGCGAGCCCAAAGUCGCGGCCACGAGCAAGACUUGGUGCAACGCCUCGGCACCUGCGCAAAAGAGACGUAGCAGCGUCUCAGCUGGUACUCGGAACGGUGCGACGGCCGAAUCACGAGCGGCGCAGUUGUCCGGGAGGCGGGCAGGUGGUGGUCCCGAGGCAGCUGGCCGCUGUGAGGGUGUCCCCUGCCUGGGCGGGGCGGCUCAGACAGCGGGGCGCCUCGGCGGGUCGCCGCGCGCCUGGCGGCGGCUUCGCAUCUUCCCCAGAGCGGGCCCCAGCUGUACUGAUGGUGGCGAGGUGGGCAGGGGGGCGGGAGGGGAGGGCAGCAAGGCGCGCCCAAAUCUGCCGCCAGGCCAGUCACCCGCCGCAGCCGUCUGCCCGCCGUCUGCACUCUGUCCAAGCGAGGCGCCGCUGCAGCACUCGUUCUGCCUCGCUUUUUACCGCAACCAGCUGUUGCUAAACCACCGCUGCAAUUGA